ACUUUAAUAGGACCCAUAACGUGUCUACUCAGUAGAUCCAUGAUGUGAUUUUCAAUUGUUUUUCACCCACUAAAACUUUUAUUUCUUCUGUUUCUUCCUUAUAUUUCCUCUCUCUUUCUUCCAGGAAAAAAGAAAAAACCACAAGGAAAUUAAGCCAUGUCGAACAACAAAGGAAAAGAUGUGGCAGAAGGAUCAUCAUCAAGAUCAUCUGCUUCUUCCGGUGGCGGUGAUCAGCAGCAGCCACCACCGCCGCUGAGCCGCUACGAGUCACAGAAGCGGCGGGACUGGAACACUUUCGGUCAGUAUCUGAGGAACCAAAGGCCGCCGGUGGCGCUUUCACAGUGCAACUCCAACCACGUGCUUGAAUUCCUGCGCUACCUAGACCAGUUCGGAAAGACUAAGGUGCACUUACAAGGUUGCGUGUUUUUCGGGCAGCCCGAGCCGCCUGGCCCUUGCAUUUGCCCGCUUAGACAAGCGUGGGGCAGCCUAGACGCCCUCAUCGGCCGGCUUAGAGCUGCCUAUGAAGAAAAUGGAGGCUUGCCGGAGACAAACCCAUUUGCAAGCGGCGCUAUCCGGGUUUACUUGCGCGAGGUGAGGGACUCCCAAGCCAAGGCUCGGGGAAUCCCAUAUAAGAAGAAAAAGAAGAAGAGAAAUCCAGUGAAGCCCAACGAUGAUAAUUCCAGCUUUCCUACCCAGUAAUCUGGGAAAAUGGUUCCUAAAUAAUUAAUUCAAAGUCCUGAAUCACCACUGUGUUUUGAAGCUCUAUUGUAUGGAGAUCGAUUGCAAUUUUCAACUCUUCCUUGGAUCAAGUCGUUUGAUGUUUUCUAUGGCUCAGCACUGUAUUUAUUGUUUACAUGACAAUUAUAGCUUGAAGUUAAGAGGGGAAAAACUGAAAUGAUCUGGUAAGUUCCUCUCUUUUAUCCACGCCUCUUUUUGUAAGUAAUCAGCACACUAAGAAAUGUAAGCUUAUAUCCAUAAAUUAUGUGCAAGUUUAUUUAUGUUCA